CCGAUUCCGAUUCCAUAACUAGUAUUUUCAACUUAAAGUGAGUAAGUCAUAAGUUAGUGGAAUGGUCUAAGAGUAAAUUUGAGAAAGUAGGUGAAAUUUCCAUCCUGAACCCACGAAUUUCAACGAAUAUUUCAUCAUGACUCCCAGUACAAGAGACAAUCCUAAACCUCAAAGACAAAGAAAGAGGGUCCCCAUAUCAUGUUUAAAUUGUAAGAAAAGGAAAGUAAAAUGUGAUAAAGUUAAACCGGCUUGUGGAGGAUGUGUUCGGAAUGGAGUAGCACAUCUUUGCGAAUAUUUAGAACCUCAUUGGACUCAAGCCGAAUCAUCUUCCGAUACUCCGAUUACGGGAUCAGUACCUCAAAUUGAUCAUAAUCAUAUAACUAUUGAACAAUCAGAAGUAUUUAAACAACUUAAAUUACAAAAUGAAAAAGUUAUAAACAAUCAACGAAGAGAAAUCGAAGAUCUUAAACGUCAAUUAUCAGUAGUUCAACAAUUUUCACCUAAAAAUCAUGAAAUUACAUCUCAUAAUACUUGUACUAGUAUAACAAUUCUUGGGAAAUUAAGUAAUUCUACUAUAAAGAAUCGAGAUUAUUUAGAGAUAAUUAAUGAUCCAACUUAUUUGAUCUUAUCUCUGAAAACUGAACUGGCUCAUUAUGUCGAUACUUAUUCCUGGAUAAAUUUAAUUAAACUUGAUCCUCAAUUAACGGCUCUAUGGUAUAAAAUCACCAAUUUACAAAAGAUAUAUCAUAUGUAUAAGAUGAAUUUAUUGAAAGCAUCUAAUUCUAGUAGUACAACUCCACCUAAUGCAACAUUAACUAAUAAAUCAAUAACUACUAAUCCAUUAUCUAAGAAAUCUCCUUAUAGAAUUACUGAAGUUGAUUUUACUUUUUCAACUGGAAGUCCACCCAUUGCCAAUUCCAAUGGACUAUCCAAUACAAAUGGAAAAGGUGAUGAACUGAGAUGUCCAGUAAUUGAAUGUGAUUUUAAUUUCAUGACUGAAGAUACUGUAACUCCUAGUCCAUAUAAUGAUUCAUCACCUUAUUCAUUAGUUAAAUUAAUCGAUAAACCUAAAUCAACAACUACCACCACCACCACCACUACCACCACAACUACUAUAUCAAAAUCAGAAGAACAACAACAACAACAAAUGGCUGAACAUGAUUAUAUAUCAGAAAAGGGCAGAAGUUUAUUAAUUAAAUUACAAAAUAUUUGGGAUUCAACUCUUAAUUUAGUAAGAGGUAAUGAAAAACUUAAUUAUAAACAAUUAUACUUUUUAAUUGAUUUUUAUUUUAAUAAUGCAACUUAUGAUAUUGAAUCUCGAGAUUUAUUAAGUUUUUAUAAACAGGAAAUUCAAGGUAUAAUUAAAAAAAUCGGUAAUGAUAUAACUCUAAAUCUUUCAUAUGGUUCAUCAAGUCAAUUUUCUGAUCUUGAAUUAUAUGCUAGAUUAAAAAUGAAGGGAGUUUAUUUAAGUAUGUUAUCAUUAAUUAUUGAAGAACUGUUAGAAAUAUUACGACUGAAUGUUAAAAUUAAUUUACCUGAUGAUAUAAGUGCUAAAUUUAAUUCUUUAUUUCCAACGGAAAUUGUUUAUAUUGGACUUGGAUCUAAACCUACAAAUAUGGUUUAUAUUGUUCAAGAAUAUGUUGUUGGAUUACUUAAUCCUAAACCAUAUGAUGAACAACCAAUUCAAUCAUUAGGAGUUAUUGCUUGUACAAUAACUGUACUUAAUCGAGAAUUAUCUGAAUAUAAACGUUAUGGAACUACUUCUGAUUAUAAAUCAGGGUUUAAUAGUUUAUUUUGUUCAUUAUUAAAAUUAUUAUUAGAUAAUGAAUCAAUUAUUGAAUUAUGGAAAGAUCCUGAACUUAUAACUUUUAGACAUGAUGAACAUCAACGGAAAAUUAAAGAUUUAAGAAUUCAUAUGUGUUAUUUAUGGUCUGAUUUAAUUAGAUUAGCUAAUUUAUCAGCGUUUAAUUUUGUUCCAUUAAUUAAACAUUCAGAAAGAAUUGAUAAAUAUCUUAUAUUACUUUAUUCUAAAAUUGAAGAAGCUGAUCUGGUAAUGUAUCAUCUUAAAUAUAUUACUAGUUUAAAUUCUGUUAAGUAUGAUGAUCUAACUAUAAGUCUUCAUGUUCAUUAUUUAAUUGCAAGAGUAUCUUCAGCUUUAUGUCAUGGAAUUUUUAAAGUAGGAGAUCCUAAAUUAUCGGUAGGAAAUUUAGAUACUUUAAUAAGACAAUGUAGUACAUGGUUAGUCGAUUUAGGAUUAAGAAAAUUACGACAAAUUCGAAGAUUUGAAGCGGAAUUAAUUCUUCAUUAUUUAAGAUAUUUUAUGAAGUAUAUAACUUUAUUACAAGCAGAAGAAUCAAUGGAUCAGGAUCUUAUUGGUUCCUUAAUUCCGGAUAUCUUUAUUAAAUAUCUUCAAUGUAUUGAUCAUAUUCGAAAUGUAUUAUUAUUGGAAUUAGAAUCAAUGAAUACUCAGUAUGUAUUACUGGCAUUAACUGAAGUAUUAACUCGAUUAAUUCAAUUUAUUAUUAGUUUUUUAAUUCGACUUCGAACUGAUGAAAAUGAUAAUAAUCAUAAUCAUAAUCAUACAAUUCCAUUAAAUCUGGAAAAUAUAUUUAAGAAUGUCCUUGGGAAAGUAUCCCAUAGUUUGAAUGCCAAAGUUAUAUCUGAUUAUGGAGUUGGAUUACAUGAUCUUAUUACUAAACAUAUAGUUGAUGCAGUCGAUGAUACAGUAUCUUUAUUAUCAAAGAGUCCAUUAAUAGAUAAAGAAAGAGCAUCUAAACUUUCAAAAUUAUGGAGAUUCUAUUUAAGCUUUGUCAGUAAUUCCAAAAAGAUUAACUAUGCCCAAAUUCAUGCUAAUGUACCACUCUUUAAUGGACAAAAGAUUUGUCCUGUUAUAAAACAACAAGAGAAUCAAAAGAAUGAUAAUAACAAUAAUAACAAUACUGAAGUUAAUGGAUUUACUAGAUGUCCUAUAUCUCAUAUUACUACUCCAAUGGAUGAGAAUACUAGAUUCUCGAAUUUAAAUAAUGAUAUAUCAUUAUCUCCCAAACAAGAAUCAAGAAAGAGAAGAUGUCCCUUUGAUCAUACAGCCAUUGCUAAGGGUUCAUUAUCUCAAAGUUAUAAUCAAAUGGAAAGUAAUAUUCGCGGAGAAGAUCCUAAAAAGCAUCUAUUGGAUCCGGUUAGAUCCAAACAUACUCCUACUCCACCACCCGCAUUCCAACCUGAACCUCAAUCUCAAUCGGAUAUAAUUAAGAGAGAAGUUUCUUCAACUUCUGGUCCAAUUCUGUUUGAUACUCAAAUGCUUAAUGAUUUUGAUUUUGAUUUUCUUCAGAAUGAAUCGCUUCUAGAACAAAUCAGUUAUCCCAAUGGACCUGAAUUGGACCAAAUUGAAGGGUUCUUUCAGUAAUUUAUAAAUAUAUAGUAUUAGUAAUUAGUAAUUAAUAAUUAAUUAAAAGUGUAUAAGUAGUGCACGUGAUCCAAUCACAUGCUUAGUCUCGUG